AUGUCUCCAGUGGAGUUUGAAGAAUCUAGCGUAAUCAAAGUGCUUGGUCUUCGUUGGUGCCCUUCCAAGGAUUGCUUUUCUUAUAAAGUAUCUCUUUCUCAACCGACUUCCUGUACUAAACGGCGUAUACUCUCCGACGCGUCACGAGUAUUUGAUCCGUUAGGGUUCCUGGCUCCAGUUGUAGUCGCAAUCAAAAUAUUCUUCCAGGAUCUUUGGCGAGAAAAAGUAGGCUGGGACGACGAUGUUCCACAGGAACUUGAGAAACGAUGGACUACUAUCCGUGAUGAACUCCAUUUGGUGGAAUCGAUUUUAAUUCCAAGAGUUAUGUGGUCAAAUAGGACCAACAAGGAGCUGCAUGCAUUUUGCGAUGCAUCAUUGGACGCUUAUGCCGCUGUUGUUUACUGCCGCAGUGUAGACACAAAUGGGAACGUAACCGUUUCUAUUGUAGCAGCUAAAAGUAGGGUUGCUCCUAUUAAAGUGUUAUCUUUGCCUAAAUUAGAACUUUGUAGUGCUCUUUUACUAACUAAACUUGUUGAUAAAAUAAAGACUUCUUUACAGGAAGCAAACAUUCGAGUUUUUGCAUGGACUGAUUCAUUAAUAGUGCUUCACUGGCUAUCCACUGCUCCUAAGAAAUGGUCUGUCUUUGUUGCUAAUAGGACGUCUGAAAUUCAAUCAUCAAUACCAUUCAAGUCUUGGAACCACGUACGUUCGGUGCACAAUCCAGCUGAUGUCGCUUCAAGAGGUAUUCCACCAUCGCUUUUAUCAUCAACAGAUAUUUGGUGGCAAGGACCAUGCUGGUUAAAAAAGCAACCCACUGAAUGGCCAGUCUCGCAUUAUAAUGUAAACGAUAUUCCUUGCGACAUUUUGGAACAAAGAAAAAAGAUCAAUGACGCUAAGACUGUGAUUAUAAAAUGUGCCCAGCUCUCGCUUUUCGGUUCGGAAAUAAGCCUUUUAAACAAGGGAAAAGAAUUGCCUAGUAAGAACAAAUUAUUAACUCUAAAUCCGUUUCUCGAUAAAUCAAAUGUUCUUCGUGUCGGUGGACGUAUAACGAACUCGGUUUUAAAAUAUAAUGAAAAGCACCCCAUAAUUUUGUGUAAAUCGCAUCCUAUAUCUAGACUCUUAGCACUUUCUAUUCACGAACAGUAUCUACACGCCGGUGUAACACUUAUGAUUGCCCUUUUAAAGCAAAACUAUUAUGUUCUUGGCUGCAGAAAUUUGCUACGCAAAAUAGUUUUUAAAUGUAUUACUUGCUUUCGACAACGUCAAACCUCAUCGCAUCAGCUAAUGGGCGAUUUGCCAGUAGAACGUGUUCGUUUUUCGCGUCCAUUUAGCAAGGUUGGAUGCGAUUACGCAGGUCCUAUUACCCUCCGUCUCAAUCGUGGACGAAAUCCCAAAUUUGUCAAGGCCUAUAUCGCAUUGUUUGUGUGUUUCGUUACUAAAGGUGUUCAUAUUGAACUGGUCAAUGAUUUAUCGACAGACGCAUUUUUACUAGCCCUUGAUCGGUUCGUGGCUCGUCGCGGAAGGCCAUCAGAAAUAUGGAGCGAUAACGCAACUAAUUUUCACGGAGCAAAAAGAAAACUUGGCGAACUGUACGAACUGCUUCUAAAUCAACAACGCAACAAUAUCAUCGUGGAUUAUUUAUCAAAAGACCAAAUUGCUUGGAAAUUCAUUCCACCCUCUGCACCACACUUUGGUGGAUUGUGGGAGGCUGGAAUAAAGUCACUAAAAGUUCACCUCAAACGCGUUAUCGGUGAACACAGGCUUACGUUCGAAGAGAUGUACACUCUUUUAACAAAAAUUGAAAGCUUACUUAAUUCCCGCCCAAUGUGGCAAACAUCGGACUUCGAACCCGCUGCUUUAACUCCGUCGCAUUUUAUGAUUGGAGAAUCUUAUUCUUCAGUCCCUACACCUGAUAUUUCCCAAAAUGAUGUUUUGAUUAGAAAUAACUGGUCUCUUUUACAGGCACUUAUGCAAGGAUUUUGGAAGCGCUGGCACCAAGAGUACCUAACAUCUCUACAAAGUCGGCCAAAAUGGCAAAAGGCGCAAAGAAAUCUUGAAGUGAAUGAUGUGGUUUUAUUAAAGGAAGACAAUCUCCCUCCAUCUAAAUGGAUUCUCGGACGAGUGACCGAAAUUCAUCUUGGACAAGACAACAAAUGUCGAGUUGCAACCGUCAAGACAAUUAAUGGCAGCUAUGUUCGACCAGUGGUGAAACUUGCUCCCUUACCGCUUACUGAAAGACCAGAGUCUUCCAGGGGGGGCAGAAUGUUCUGA